AACUUGUCUCUUUUUCUCAGCAUUAGUUUGUUAACUUUCUGGGGAACUUCCCUUUUGGGUGCCCGUUUAUACUGGAUGGGAAACAAACCACCAAGCUUUUCCAACUCUGACAACCCAGCUGCUGAUUCGGAUAGCCUCCUGGCUCGCACACUCACCUUCUUCUACUUGCCAACCAAGAACCUUUGGCUGUUGCUCUGCCCAGAUACCCUCAGUUUUGAUUGGUCAAUGGAUGCCGUGCCUCUGCUCAAAACAAUUUGUGAUUGGAGAAACCUACACACUGUGGCCUUCUAUACUGGACUCCUCCUCCUUGCCUACUAUGGUUUGAAGAGCCCAAGCGUAGAAAGAGAAUGCAACGAGAAAUUUGUAACAAAUGGCAAGCAGAAUGCAAAUGGACAUAGCUGCCAUUCAGAGGUGGAGUACCGGAACUCAGAGAUUAAGCCCAGCAUUCCAUCCAAAUUAGAAAAUGGCUUUAAAAAUAAUGUGUCACAGAGAACACGGCUUCCUUCUACAGAGAACAUUGUUGUUUUGUCUUUAUCUUUGUUAAUAAUACCCUUCGUUCCUGCCACGAACCUGUUUUUCUAUGUUGGCUUUGUAAUUGCAGAGCGAGUAUUGUAUAUUCCUAGUAUGGGCUUCUGCCUCCUCAUUACAGUGGGUGCGAGAGCCCUUUACGUCAAAGUCCAAAAGCGGUUUCUCAAGAGCUUGAUUUUUUAUGCUACAGCUACGUUAAUUGUUUUCUAUGGACUCAAGACGGCGAUCAGGAACGGAGACUGGCAGAAUGAGGAAAUGCUGUAUAGGUCAGGGAUAAAAGUAAACCCAGCUAAAGCAUGGGGUAACCUUGGAAAUGUUCUCAAGAGUCAGAGCAAAAUUUCUGAAGCUGAAAGCGCCUAUAGAAACGCUUUGUAUUACCGAAGCAACAUGGCUGACAUGCUUUAUAAUUUAGGGUUACUUCUACAAGAGAACAGCAGGUUUGCAGAAGCACUACAUUAUUAUAAAUUGGCGAUCGGGAGCAGGCCUACGCUGGCUUCUGCAUAUUUAAACACCGGCAUUAUUCUAAUGAACCAAGGAAAGACAGAAGAAGCUCGACGCACGUUCCUGAAGUGUUCUGAGAUCCCUGACGAAAACCUAAAGGACCCUCAUGCCCAUAAGAGCUCGGUCACCAGCUGUCUGUACAACCUGGGGAAACUCUAUCAUGAGCAGGGACACUAUGAGGAUGCGCUUAGUGUAUACAAGGAAGCAAUUCAGAAAAUGCCAAGGCAGUUUGCCCCACAGAGCUUGUACAACAUGAUGGGUGAAGCGUACAUGCGACUAAGCAAGCUCCCUGAAGCAGAGCAUUGGUAUAUGGAAUCACUGAGAUCCAAGACCGACCACAUCCCUGCUCAUCUCACCUAUGGGAAACUGCUUGCUCUAACAGGUCGUAAGAGUGAGGCUGAAAAAUUCUUCUUGAAGGCUAUUGAGCUGGACCCCACCAAAGGAAACUGUUACAUGCAUUAUGGUCAGUUUCUUCUGGAAGAAGCUCGCCUCAUAGAAGCAGCUGAGAUGGCAAAAAAAGCGGCUGAACUGGAUAGCACGGAGUUUGAUGUGGUCUUCAAUGCUGCCCACAUGCUCAGGCAGGCUAGCCUCAAUGAAGCAGCCGAGAAGUAUUAUGAUCUGGCAGCCAAGCUGAGGCCUAAUUAUCCGGCUGCUCUGAUGAACUUGGGAGCCAUCCUGCACCUCAAUGGACGACUCCAGAAGGCCGAGGCCAACUACCUGCGGGCGCUGCAGCUCAAGCCGGAUGACAUCAUCACGCAGUCCAAUCUCCGCAAACUCUGGAACAUCAUGGAAAAGCAAGGCUUGAAGACUUCCAAGACUUGACACAGGAGGGCCGUACCUCAUCCUCCUCCAUAUUUGAAAGCCAGCUUCAUUAACGAACAGAACUUGCCAGCAGUGCUAUGACAAGAGCUAGUUUGGACUUCAAGACAGGGGGCAGAGGUAGCUGAGGUCACUGCCACUUCUGGGAGUAUCCACUUUGCUGUGGGCACAGCCGUGAACACCAAAAAGAGGAACAUUGG